UCAUAUCAGUUGCAUGAAAGUAACGUGACAGUCGUUAAAUAAAUUGCAAGUAUUCCGCGUUUGAUUGCGUUUUUUUGAAUAAAAGGUUUUUCUUGCUUCUAAUAGAAUGAAUCGGUAGGAAACAUCACUUUCCCGUUAUAGUAAAUGAAUGCUCAAUACGGAAUUUAUUUCUAUCGAAAAGGAAGGAUAUUUUCCCUUUUGUAUCGAAACACCUAUACCUCACGAAUGUGAAAAUAAUCAAGACGGUAUGAAAUUUUGGCAUCUUUUGAGAGUUGACACCUUCGCAAAACUGCAUGAGUAGCCGAGUAAGCAAGAAUCGCGACCACCAAGUCAAUGCGUUGGUUCUAUAUAGUUAGGGUAAGCACCCGGUCGGUAAAAGCACAUGUACUAAUUUGCAUGCAUCCACUAAGUUGCGACCGCUUCCAUCUCUUUCCUCACUUGUCUCCAACCGUCAACGCGCGAGUAAGAGACAUCGCUUGAGUGAUUGCUCAUGUAAUAAAGCAAAAAGGAAAAGAUAUUAAUUAUUUAUUGGAGACGACAUAUCUAUGUAUCAGUUCCGAGAAUUAUUGACAGCAGACAAUAUCCUAUACCUGAAAUUACUUGAAUGGAAUUUUGUUUGCUUUCUGCUUAUCGCUAUCUACACAUUUUGUAGUUAGAUUAAAAAUCAUGGGAAAUUAUGAUGAAAAACUCUGCUGUUAAUAAAUAGCGAAUGUAACAACUAAUCUAAUAUAAGUAAAAAAAAGCAAAAAGUCUCAUCAAACUAAGUCAUAUUACGUAUAUGAAGUCGACAUUCGAAAUUUGCAUUUAUGAUGAGUAUGGGAAUUAUGUUCUCCGCUUGGCUGCCCGUGGUUGAGAAUGCGAACAUUUUGGCAGUUUACACGUUUCCGGGUAAAAGUCAUUACAUGAUGCAUGUGGCAUUAAUUAAGGAGCUUAUACGUAAAGGACAUCAGAUCACAAUGAUAACCGCACUUACGCUGCGACAUCAAAAUUUGGGUAGCAAUUAUACGGAAAUAUUUAUUGAUCCGGUCUACGAUUACUGGAAUGACGUUGUUCCUUAUUUCAAAGCGGAUAACAUAUUCGAAUUAACCAAAAUGGAUUUGCAUGAUUUUUUAAAAAUGCUUGAAAUUAUUGGUUUAAAAACAACUGAGCAUGCUUUAAAACAAUUAAAAGUUCAAGAGAUUAUUAAUGCAAGACAUACUCGUGGUGUUUAUGAUUUACUCUUGGCUGAGCAGUUCUAUCAAGAACCAUUUUUGGCAUUAUCUCGAAUAUAUGACAUACCUGUGAUCACAACCAGUACUCUAGGUUAUGAAAAUCAUAUGAGUCAAAUGAUGGGUCUUAUACAGCCUUGGUCUUUUGUACCGCAUGGUUUUAUGCCUUACACCGAUCGUAUGUCAUUUACAGAACGCUUGCAAAACUCUUAUUAUUCUUUGUUUGAAGAUGUACACAGAGAAUGGAUAUAUUUCCCGAAAAUGGAUAAAUUAGUGCAAACAUAUUUUGGUCAUUUGGAAGUUCCAAUUCCGAAAAUCUCGGACAUGGAGAAAAACAUAUCUGUCAUGUUACUAAAUAGUUACGCCCCGUUAACAACGACAAGACCCACAAUUGCGGGCAUGAUACCAGUCGGGGGUAUGCAUAUUUAUCCACCGCGCGCCUUACCGGAAGAUAUACAAAAAUUUUUAGACGAGGCCAACGAUGGAGUGAUCUAUUUUAGUUUAGGCAGCAAUGUUCAAUCGAAAGAUAUGCCCGCUGAAAAAAUGAAAAUAUUCCUACAAGUAUUUGGUAAAAUGAAACAACGCAUCUUGUGGAAAUUCGAAAAGGAAAGCAUUCCUAAUAAGCCGGAUAAUAUAAUGAUUAAAUCGUGGCUACCUCAGUCCGAUAUACUGGCUCAUGAAAAUAUUAAAGUUUUUAUAACUCAUGGCGGCUUGUUAGGCAUACAAGAAGGAGUUUAUCAUGCCGUCCCCAUGCUAGGAAUGCCAAUAUAUUGCGAUCAGCAUUUGAAUAUGAAGAAAGCGAUAUUAAGUGGUUAUGCCAUCAAUAUACAUUUUCAAAGUAUAACGGAAGAGAUUCUGAAAAAUUCUUUAGAGGAAUUACUCUACAAUCCUGCAUAUCGUAAUAAUAUAAAAAAUAUAUCGCAGAUUUUUAAAGAUCGACCUUUAAAUGCCCGUGAUAUGGCCAUCUAUUGGAUCGAAUAUGUUGUACGUUAUCGAGGCGCUCCUCAUUUACGUUCAGCCGGUCUAGAUCUUAAGUGGUAUGAGUUCUACCUACUAGAUGUUGUUGCAUUUGUGAUUCUUAUCUUAGCAUUAUUACUAAUUUCAUUAAAAUUUUUAUUAAGGUUUUUAAUGUUUAAAAAACCAGAAAAUCAAAAGAAAUCAAAAUUGAAUUAA